UUUCACUCCGCUCUCUCUCUCUCUAACCCAUCUCAAAGACACCAUCUCUGUGUCUCCUCCCAUUUCUCUCUCUCUAACCCACCCACCAUGCCUCCAAAGAAACUCCCCUUACAAUCCAGCAACAACGCCAAUGUCCCAGCCUCGAAAACCAUCGAAGAAACUUACCAGAAGAAAACCCAGCUCGAGCACAUCCUCCUCCGGCCCGACACCUAUGUUGGCUCCGUCGAGAAGCACACCCAGACCCUCUGGAUCUACGAGAACAACGAAAUGGUCCAGCGAUCUGUCUCCUACGUUCCCGGCCUGUACAAGAUCUUCGACGAAAUCCUCGUCAAUGCCGCCGAUAACAAGCAGAGAGACCCGUCGAUGGACUCCUUGAAGGUCGUGAUCGACGCUGAACAGAACAGUAUCAGUGUGUACAACAGUGGUGAUGGAGUCCCGGUGGAGAUUCAUCAGGAGGAGGGCGUUUAUGUGCCCGAAAUGAUCUUUGGGCAUCUCUUGACCAGCAGUAACUACGACGAUACGACAAAGAAGACGACCGGUGGGAGGAAUGGUUACGGUGCGAAGCUUACAAACAUCUUCUCCAGUGAGUUUGUGAUCGAGACUGCCGAUGGGAAGCGCCAGAAGAAGUACAAGCAGGUUUUCUCCAACAACAUGGGGAAGAAAUCUGAGCCUGUUAUAACAAAGUGCAAGGAGGGUGAAAACUGGACCAAGGUUACAUUUAAGCCCGACUUGGCAAAAUUCAAUAUGACUCAUCUUGAAGAUGAUGUUGUCGCCCUGAUGAAGAAGCGUGUGGUAGACUUAGCCGGAUGCCUUGGAAAGACAGUGAAGGUUGAACUUAAUGGUCAACGGGUUCCUGUAAAGUCUUUCCUUGACUAUUGCAAUCUCUACCUUCAAUCUGCCUCCAAAGCCAGACCUGAUCCUCUCCCAAGGAUUUCAGAAAAGGUCAAUGAGAGGUGGGAGAUAUGUGUGAGCCUUAGUGAAGGGCAAUUUCAACAGGUCAGCUUUGUAAAUUCGAUCGCGACAAUUAAGGGUGGAACUCAUGUUGAUUACGUGACUAACCAGAUAACAAGUUACAUAAUGAAUAUUGUAAAUAAGAAGAACAAGAAUGCCAACCUCAAAGCCCAUGCAGUGAGGAACCAUUUGUGGGUUUUUGUCAAUGCACUUAUUGACAACCCUGCUUUUGAUUCACAGACCAAAGAGACUUUGACGAUUCGUCAAAGCAGUUUUGGGUCUAAAUGUGAACUCUCACAAGAGCUCUUGAAGAAAGUGGCCAAGUCUGGAGUAGUGGAAAGUCUCUUGUCAUGGGCAGAUUUUAAGCAGAGCAAAGAUCUUAAGAAGACAGAUGGGACAAAAAGACAGAGGAUUACCGGGAUUACUAAGCUAGACGAUGCUAAUGAUGCUGGAGGGAAGAAUUCUGAUAAAUGUACAUUGAUUUUGACAGAAGGAGACUCGGCGAAGGCUCUUGCAAUGGCUGGGAUUUCUGUUGUUGGUCGAAACUACUAUGGUGUGUUCCCGUUGAGAGGUAAAUUGCUCAACGUGAGGGAAGCAAGCACUAAACAGAUUUUGGAAAAUGCUGAAAUUCAAAAUAUCAAGAGGAUUCUCGGACUCCAGCAUGGGAAAGAUUAUGACAGCAUAAAGUCAUUGAGAUAUGGUCAUUUGAUGAUAAUGACUGAUCAGGAUCAUGAUGGCUCCCAUAUCAAAGGCCUUUUGAUUAAUUUCAUUCAUUCAUUUUGGCCAUCGUUGCUAAAAAUUCCGUCUUUUCUAGUAGAGUUCAUUACACCUAUAGUGAAGGCUACGCACAAUAGAACUAAGACAGAAUUACCGUUUUAUACUAUGCCUGAGUAUGAAUCAUGGAAAGAAAGUUUGGGGGACAAUGCACGUGGCUGGACUAUUAAGUACUAUAAGGGGUUGGGAACAAGCACAUCGAAGGAAGGUCAGCAAUACUUCACUGCUCUUGAAAAGCAUAGGAAAGACUUUAUCUGGGUUGAUGAGAAAGACGGAGAUGCAAUUGAGCUUGCCUUCAGCAAGAAGAAGAUUGAAGCAAGAAAGAAUUGGCUCCGACAGUUUGAGCCUGGUACUUACCUUGAUCAGCAGGAGAAACUUAUAAAGUAUAGUGACUUUGUCAACAAGGAGCUUAUACUGUUUUCCAUGGCGGAUCUUCAAAGGUCAAUUCCUUCGAUGGUUGAUGGCCUGAAACCAGGUCAAAGAAAGAUCCUUUUUAGUUCUUUCAAGCGGAAUUUAGUCAAGGAAAUAAAAGUUGCCCAAUUCUCCGGUUAUGUAUCUGAGCAUUCGGCUUAUCAUCAUGGUGAGCAGAGUCUUGCUGGUACCAUUAUUGGCAUGGCGCAGGAUUUUGUGGGCAGCAACAAUUUAAACAUUCUUCAACCAAAUGGCCAAUUUGGCACUCGUAACCAGGGAGGCAAAGACCAUGCAAGUGCUAGGUAUAUAUACACUCAACUUUCUCCCAUCACACGUUACCUGUUCCCCAAGGAGGAUGAUAUCCUCUUGGACUACCAAAAUGAGGAUGGACAAUCCAUCGAACCUACUUGGUACAUGCCAAUUGUACCGAUGGUUCUGGUAAAUGGAAGUGAAGGAAUUGGAACUGGAUGGAGCUCCUACGUCCCAAAUUAUAAUCCGAGGGAUAUUAUUGUGAAUGUGAGGCAUUUAUUGAAUGGUGAGCCAAUGGAACCUAUGCAUCCAUGGUACAAAGGGUUCAGAGGGAGCAUUGAGAAAACUGCAACGAAGGAAGCUGGUGUUAGCUAUACUUUGAGUGGAAUUAUAGAGGAGGUCAAUGAAACUACACUCAGGAUUACAGAGUUGCCAGUCAGAAGAUGGACCCAAGAUUACAAAGAAUUUUUGGAAUCUAUUAUGACAGGAAAUGAUAAAGUUAAGGACCCUUUCAUCAAGGAUUACAAAGAGCACAAUGAUGAUACAACUGUACAUUUUGAAGUCAUCCUUUCUGAGGAGAACUUGAACAUUGCCAAGGAAGAGGGCUUGUUGAAGAAAUUUAAGCUUACUACAACAAUCAGCACAAGUAACAUGCACCUAUUCGAUCCAAAAGGCGUGAUUAAAAAAUAUGAUACCCCUGAAGAGAUUAUUGAGGAAUUCUUUCACCUAAGACUUGAAUUCUAUGAAUUAAGAAAGAAAGUUAUGCUGGACAAUCUUGAAAUGGACUUGUUGAAACUGGAAAACAAGGUUAGGUUCAUACUUGGGGUUGUGAAUGAAGAGAUAAUUGUGAGAAAUCGAAAGAAUGCUGAAUUGUUUCUUGAGUUAAGGGAGAAAGGUUUUACCCCUUUCCCAAAUAAAAGCAAGAAGUCUGUGGAACCAGCAGUUGCAGGUGCAACUGAGGAUGCAGAAGAAAUUGACGAAAACUCAGAAGUACAGGCUUCGGAUUAUGAGUACCUACUAUCAAUGCAAAUUGUAACCUUAACGUAUGAGAAGGUUCUAAAGAUAAGUGCUGAAAGGGACAAGCUUAACAAAGAGGUUGAUGAUUUGAGGAAGGCAACUCCAAAGUCUCUGUGGAUAAAAGAUCUUGAAAAUCUUGAGAUACAACUUGAUAAACAAGGAAAGGAUGAUGCCCAAGCAGAGGAGGCUAGAAUAAAGAUGAAAAACAAGGUGAUGAGUGAAGCUGGUCUUAAGGUCUUGAAACAAGCACCAAAAAACCCAAGGAAGAAUACUAAGAAGAAGGCCAGCAGCGAAGAACCUGUUGCUGAAACAAUGGAAACAUCAUCUACUUCUGCAAUGGAAACAGAUAAUGUUCCUGGGGUGUUAAAACCUAAAGGCAGAGCCGCUUCAAAGAAAGCUCCUUCUAAGAAGGAAAAGGCCUCGAUUUUGAAAGAUGAAGAUACAGAUGAUGAAGUUCUUGAGCUAAAAGAUCGACUUGCUGCUUACAAUCUUGAUUCUUCUCCUGAUCCUUCAGAAGUCAUGGAAACUGAAGUGCCUCAAGUACAAGCUAGGAAGAAAGAACCCAGCAGGAGGGCAGCUGCACAGAAGAAGUCCAUGUCAACUGUUACGGAAAUUUCUGAUGAUGAGGAUGAGAAUGACAUUAGUGAUGACGAUGACUUUGAGCCAGAAGUGGUAGCAGCAGCCCCGAAAGAGAAAAAGAAGGGAGGGAGAAAAGCGACAACAGAGGCCGUGGCAGCCAAACCCCCAGCACCAACAAAGAAGAGAUUGCCUGCUAAUAAGCAGCAGUCUCUGGGCCAGAGGCUGAUAACAGAAGUUUUGAAGCCUGCCGAAAAUUCAGGGAUUUCGCCCGAAAAGAAAGUGAGGAAGAUGAGGGCAUCUCCAUUUAACAAGAAGAGUGGUUCUGUGUUGGGAAGGGUCGGUAAGGAAGAUGAGGAGAAGGAUUCAGCUGGAAGUGAAGAAAAGGUGGGCUCUUCUUCUACUACUGAAGAGGUGAGUGAAGUUGUGGCUCCGAGGGCUAGACCACAGAGGGUGAAUCGUGGGAAAACAAAGUAUGUUGUGUCUGAUUCUGAGAGUGAUCAGGCUACUAAUGAUUCUGAAUUUGAUGAGGAUGAAGAUGAAGAAGAUUAGGCGGUUUUUUUUUUUUUUUUUUUUUCAAGUUCAGGAGAGGCUGCUAGUUGAGAAUUGACAUUUGUAAUGGGAAAUAUGAACUCAUUUCCCCUUAUUCUGACUUUUAGAAUCUUGUAGUUGAAUGAAUGUUGGUUUAUUAUCUCAAAUGAACAAAGCUACAACUUUGGUAGUUUUUUUAGUUGAAA